AGUUGCAUUCUGUGGCAUUUUCUUAGCCAGUUUUACAUCAUCAGUAGGAGAAAAAUCAACUUAAAAUGUGCCAUUAAAAUGCCCAAAUACCAAUAAAAUGUGGUUAAAAUAUUAUACAUAUGUGCUGCUGCUGCACUGGGCCACAGCCAGGGAGCAGUUUAUGGUGGGCAGCAUUUUCACAUCGGAUAAGGAUGAGGCGGAAAUAGCUUUUCGCACCGCUGUGGAUCGGGCAAAUAUUUUGGAACGCAAUAUAGAGCUAGUGCCAAUUGUGGUCUACGCCAAUACAGAGGACAGCUUCAUAAUGGAGAAAACGGUUUGUAAUCUGAUUUCGCAGGGUGUUAUUGCCAUAUUCGGACCCAGCACGGGCAGCAGUUCAGAUAUUAUUGCCUCGAUUUGCCACACUUUGGAUAUACCACACAUUGUGUACGACUGGCAGCCACAUAAUCAGCAAUACGAACUCUCCUCGAUGACGCUCAAUGUGCAUCCCGAUAAUUUGAUACUGGCGCGCGGAUUUGCCGAAAUCGUGCAAAGUUUCGGCUGGCGCAGCUAUACAAUUAUCUAUGAAUCGGAGAAGGAGCUGCAACAGCUGCAGGAUGUAUUACAAAUUGGUGAUCCGAGCAGUAAUCCGACUACGAUUAGACAGCUGGGCCCAGACGACGAUCAUAGACCAUUUCUAAAGGAAAUUAAAUUGUCCACCGACAAUUGUCUGAUAUUGCACUGUGGACCGGAAAAUCUAUUGAGAAUUUUGGAGCAAGCCAACGAGCUUAAAAUGCUGGGCGAAUAUCAGAGCGUUUUUAUACCCAUGCUGGAUACGCACACAUUGGAACUGGGUGACAUUUUGAACGUGGAGGCAAACAUUACAACAGUUCGCCUGAUGGAUCCAACAGACUAUCACAUCAAGAACGUCGUUCAUGACUGGGAGGAGCGUGAGAAACGUGAAGGACGCUAUUUUAAAGUUCAGCCGACACAGGUAAAGACGCAGAUGAUAUUGGUUAACGAUGCCGUCUGGCUCUUCUCCAAAGGCCUCACCGAGCUGGGCAUUAUGGAGGAGCUGACUGCACCGGAAGUUGAGUGCAAACGCAGGAAGCCCUGGCCACAUGGCAGGCGCAUCAUUGAGUUUAUGAAAGCGCGCUCCGAGGAGGUCGCCACAGGUCGCAUAGAUUUCAACGAAUAUGGACAGCGCAGUUACUUCAGUCUGCGCUUCAUGGAGAUCGAUGUAGGUGGCUUCCUGGAUCUGGCCACCUGGGAUCCGGUCAAUGGUUUGGACAUGCUCAACGAUGACGAAGAGAGCGAGAAGCGUGUGGGCCAAAAGUUAUCGAACAAAACAUUCAUAAUCUCCUCGCGCAUUGGAGCACCCUUCCUGACGAUGCGGGAGCCCGAAGAGGGCGAAAUAUUGCUGGGCAAUGCCCGCUACGAGGGUUACUCCAUGGAUUUGAUUGACAAUAUUGCACGCAUGCUAAAUUUCAAAUAUGAGUUCCGCAUGGCGCCAGAUGGCAAAUAUGGUAGCGUGAACAAAGCCACCCAAACAUGGGAUGGUAUCGUGAGACAGCUGAUCGAUGGGAACGCGGAUCUGGGCAUAUGUGAUCUGACCAUGACUUCAUCCCGGCGUCAGGCGGUAGACUUUACGCCGCCAUUCAUGAAUCUGGGCAUAAGUAUUUUAUUCUCAAAGCCACCAAUACCACCAACAGAUUUAUUCUCGUUUCUAUCGCCCUUCUCGCUGGAUGUUUGGAUCUAUAUGGGCUCUGCGUAUCUCUUUAUAUCGUUAUUGCUCUUCGCGUUGGCCCGCAUGGCGCCGGAUGACUGGGAGAAUCCGCAUCCCUGCAAGGAGCCGGAGGAGGUAGAGAAUAUAUGGUUUCUGAGCAAUACAAUGUGGCUGUCCAUAGGCUCCCUUAUGGGUCAGGGUUGCGAUAUAUUGCCCAAGGCCGCCUCAACGCGCCUUGUGACUGGAAUGUGGUGGUUCUUUGCCCUCAUGAUGUUGAACUCCUACACAGCCAACUUGGCCGCUUUCUUGACCAACUCCCGCCAAGCCAGCUCGAUCAGCAAUGCCGAAGAUCUGGCUGCCCAGAACAAGAUCAAAUACGGCGCCUUAUUAGGCGGCUCUACAAUGGGCUUCUUCAGGGAUUCCAAUUUCAGCACAUACCAACGCAUGUGGACGGCCAUGGAAAGUGCGAGUCCAUCAGUUUUUACGAAAACCAACGACGAGGGCGUGGAGCGUGUGCAGAAAGGAAAAAACCGGUAUGCUUUCCUAAUGGAGUCCACCACACUGGAGUACAAUGUGGAGCGUAAGUGUGACUUAAUGCAAAUUGGCGGCUGGCUGGACUACAAGAGUUAUGGCAUUGCGAUGCCAUUUAAUUCGCCCUACCGCAAGCAGAUCAGUGGCGCUGUCUUGAAGCUGGGUGAGCUGGGAGUGCUGUCUGAGCUGAAGAGAAAGUGGUGGAAGGAGAUGCAUGGUGGCGGCAGCUGUGGAGGCGACGAGGAAGGGAACGCUGAUACGCCGGAGCUCGGCUUGGAGAAUGUCGGCGGUGUGUUUCUGGUGUUGGGCUUGGGCCUGAUGGCGGCCAUGGUGCUGGGCCUCACGGAGUUUAUGUGGAACGUCAAAACUGUGGCCAUCGAGGAGAAGAUCUCGCUUAAGGAGGCACUCAAGGCGGAGGUGAUGUUUGCGUUAUGCAUCUGGAUUACCACCAAACCGGUGCACGCCAGCGUCGGCUCCAGCAGCUCAUCCUCUACGUCCUCAAGCUCGUCAUCAAAAUCCAAGUCGCAUUCAACGCGUUCCAAGCAUUCGUCCAAGUCUUUGGGCGUAUCCAGCAAGAGUGUAAAGAGCGCCGGUGAUCAUGAUGCGGAGUCCUCCGUUCACAGUAGGCUUAAGAAGAUUGGAUCUAUGUUUUCGCUUAAAUCUCAAAAGGCCUCAACGCCGCCCAUUGAAAUUGGUUGGAAAUCUGAUAAAUCGACACAAAUGAGUAUUGAACCGACACCGCCGGCGGAGGAGGAGGAGGAACAUCCACCAGAACGACGCCAUCCUCAUCAUCAUCAUCAUCACCAUCAUCAUCAACGUCACCCAGAACAGGAGCCAACUUUGGAUCAGCGAGCUAGCAAAUUGAGCAACGGAGUUUGAACAGUCCUUAACUAACUUUAGAAAGAGUUUUUAGACCAUUUGGUUAUUUUGUUAAUGGAGUUUCUCAAUAAUUAUAUAAUACAAUAAUCAUAUUAUUUAAUUCGCUUCUCAAAUAGGAAAAUUUAAGCUUGUAUAAUAUCAAAAAUUACCAAAAAUGCAUUUACAAAUCAUUUUUAAUUAUAAAAAAACUCCAGAUUUAUAAACAAAACAAUUAAAAGGCCUAAAAACUGUUUGGAACUCAGCAAAAACCUAUCCUAUAAAGUAUUAUGAAUUUCUAACAAUAUGAUUGUUUUUAUUAUAGUCCCCAUUG